GUAAGUGCUUACUUGUGCUUUUGUGUGGGUGAAUGGCUUUAAUGAUUGGGUAAUGCCGGAUAUCUUAGAUUGUGGUUUUUAAAAUAAUUACUUUUGAAUUGAUUCAACAUCAGUAAACGUUGUUAGGAAAUUAUCAGAACCUGCAAAUUCAACACACAGAGGUCUGAUAGAAAGACUAAAUCCAUUACCGGCUCUUUGAACGGACACACUGAGUUGACCCAUUUUUUCAGCUUUAUGAAAAUGCAACUUUUGUGGAUUAUUUUACACAAUGUUACUAUUGCCUUUCUAUACAUAGAACAAGCUUAUUGUGUCUGUGCCAAUGCUGAAUAUGAGAUAAAUGGACACUGCUGCCCUAUGUGUGCACCUGGUAAUCGUGUUUUAUGGCAUUGCACAGUGGAUACCAGCACAACUUGUGUAUCCUGUAGUGCAUCCACAUACACCGAUGAACCAAAUGGGCUUGAAAUGUGCUUUUCCUGCUCAACCUGUGAUGCAGGUUUAAGGAUACAGAAGGCAUGCACACGGUUAUCAAAUACCAUUUGUGAGCCAAUGAAAGGAUUCUUCUGCAUCGCCAGAGAAAAAGGCAGUUGUACAUUAGCUGUUAAACAUUCUCAAUGUAAUCCUGGAGAAUACAUCCAACAAAAAGGAACAGCUAGCACUGAUACAGUGUGUGGUGAAUGCAGAAAUGGCACCUACUCUGAUGGCACUUUCACAGCUUGUCAGCAACAUACGCUAUGCCAGAAUAUGGGUCGUAAAGAAAUAGAAACAGGAACAAUGUCAUCGGACGCCAAAUGUGAACAUAAUCCAAAUGUUCUUGCUGGAAUCAUAACUGGUGUUGUGGUCGGUCUUAUUAUUAUUGGCAUCUUAAUAAAGUAUGUCAUAUUCAAAAUAAAUUCAAGGGCUCGUCAAGGGAUAAGGUCUGUCCAGGUCCAAAAUGUUGGUGGAGGGCUAAUAAAGUACACUUUUAUUACAAAAGGUUCUACAUAGAAUCUUAAAAUAUCACGCAAUAAAUAUUUGGAACCCCUAAAAGGUUCCAUAUAGAACCCUUUUAAAGUGUUCUAUAUAGAACCCUUUAGGGGUUCCUAUCAUGGGAUAAUUUUUUGGACUUAAUUUUAGUUUUAUUGUAAUGACAUUUUAAGACGUAAACGGCUCAUAUAGCCACUUUACUACCAGAAAAACUGAAAAAUAGCUAUAAGUAUAACAAAACAAGGAGUUGUGUGAUCAUUUAAGACUUUUAUUUUUAAGACAUUUAAGACUUUUAUUUGCAAUAACAAGCAGUACAUAAAACAGCAACUCAUAGUGAAACAUAUAAAUUCUUGU